UGGAUGUUCACCGGUGUUAACUCUCCCAUAUUUCACCAUUGACGACGACUAGAUUUAGUCUUAAUUGCGUAUAAAACGUUUCUUAAGUUCAGUCUCACGGAAAUGAGGAGCGAAGCCUAUAUUUAAAUAUAUAUGCGUCAGAAUGGUAAUUGUGGGGUCAUUACGAUGCUAUUUAUGCAUAUAUAGAGGUAAGAAAAGAUAAUCGGGCAAAGCCGUGUCAGCAGCCGAGGGGUGAAGCGAAAAAUUGAUGAGAACUGGUAACAUCAACGGUCGCCACAUCGGUUCAUUCAAACUGAUGGUACUGGUACUACUGGUGUAUGAUGCAGGGAAACCGCUAGCAGCGACAGUAGCUGACAUUUUCUGGGGAGUUGAGUUUUAUCACUAUCGUGACACCGGAGAAGACCAUGGACAGAUAUUUUCUUGCAACUUUGAUCUUGACUAUGUGUGCUGUCAUCUCCCCGGCAUAUUCACAAGUGCAAUGUUACACUGGUCUCCAGUGUCCGGCAGGUCGGGAGGUCAAUCACACGAUGACCGGUGUCCAAGGAAGGACGGAGAGCGUGGCCGAGUGCUGCCAAGUUAGAGGAGGGGGCAGUCUGCGCUUACUGGAGGACCCCGGGGGUCCAUGUAGAGAAUGCAGUAAGGAUGUUUGCACUUGGUGCAACAUUGCCCCGACUUUGACCUUUGUCCGAAGAGGAUCCGAUGCAGAUUUAAAUUUACGUUGUCAAGGGCAACUCCCAGAUGUCCCGGAUGUUGUCUCAAAUGGAAUCUGCGCAGACGUAACGCUCAAAAUUGAAGAAGCGCCAAAUCCUCUGCCGACAACCGCAGCAUGCAACGCGACGAUAACCCGUACGUAUACAGCAGAGGAUGCGUGUGAAAAUAUGGUGCAUGUGGUGCAGAUGAUAACUAUCAGGGAGAUGGGACUCCCUGUUUUUACUUUUGUGCCCCCGAACAUCACAGUGGAAUGUGGCACAUAUAUAAAGAACCCGGAUCUUACAGGCGGGUGGGCAAUCGCCCGCUCUGCGUGCGGAGAUCCGGUCGGUGUUAAUUUCACGGACAGAAUAAUCAGCGACAACCUGUGUAAUGAGAGCAUCGCACGGACCUGGACAGCCGUUGAUGACUGUGGAAAUCAAAUCUCUGUCCGGCAGAUCAUCUAUCUCCAAAUUACCAUUCCACCCACCAUAUUGCUACCCGAGGUUGAGGACAUUUUCACCUGUGAUGAAAACCUGGGCCCCUACCUGGCAGUGGACAGGUCGGCCACGCUGGACAGAGAUAAUUCGUGUGCUUUCGUCUCCUACCCACGCCUCACCCAUUCCGAUACAUUGACCAAUGGGACUGCUAAUGGAGGCUCUCGGACAGUUACUCGCACGUGGACAGUGACCGACAUCUGCGGUAACAGCGCCUCCCGUACGCAGCUCAUAACCGUCCACCACAAGACGGGCCUGGAUUUCGGAUUUCCUGUGGGAUUUCCCACUGAUCUGUUUAUCACCCUUAACGACACAUGCGCAAACGAUUCCCCAGCCGCCCAACAUCACCUCAAUUGAUGUCGAUUUUGAGGAGGAGAUGAG